AUGUUCAUCCACACUCAUAUAGCAAAAUACAAUUCAUUCUCCACAGGAGCCUCACAGGACCACGAAGAAGUCAAGACUUCCACAAAGAACAUCUCAUCAGCUUCAAGUUGUCUUUCCAUCAUGGAAUCUCUCGAGGGCCCGUUACCCCAAGUGAGAUGGCUUGCUGACGUCUAUAUCGCGUUAAUCCGAACGAGACAGGAUGUUGAACAAAAUAUUACCAACCUGGAAGAAACUAUUCGGCGCUCUCGCAACACCGAGAAAGUUGAUGACAUACAAAAAUAUCUUUCAAGCCUUUUCCCAGCAUUCCGCGGGUUAGAUUCGCUGUUUGAAAAGUUGAGCGGUUUUACAUCGUGCGCUCUGGAUAUGGAUGUCGAGGAGCAGGAAUUGCAUAGGUUCAGACAUCAUGUAUCCGACCUCUGGAGAGAUUAUGGACAUGCGAUGCAGAUCAUGAAAAUACAUGCAUUGUGUUGCUGUAUAUCAGAUGCCAAGCUUCAUCAAGGCUUAGAGUACCUUCAGAAAGAGAUGCGUGAUUUCCAAGCUGCUUGCGGAGCAAGAAAGGUGCAAUUGAAAUCCCUCUACAGGGUAAUAUCAGAACCGCCAACCUCACGCCACGAACCGUGGCCAAAACCAGGAACCAUAACCCGCCGUACCACUGAUCCGUCUGGCAUGGCCACAUGUCAUCUGUCAGUCGUGGAGCGCAUGAUAGGCGAGGUGGAACAGUUUAAGGCGAUUAAAAAACUCCUUGAGAAAACACAGGACCAAUUCUAUGAACAAAUAUCUGAGCAAGAUGCCACUAAAGUUCGAGACGCCUAUAUAACACUUGAAUAUGCUCAGCGCCUCGUCGUGGAUGGCAGAAUAGCUAGGGAAAGUUACAUGGAGGAAGAAGAAGAAGUGCUUGAUGAGCUCUUGGCCGCCGACGAUGUCAGCUCCAUGAUUAAGGAAAGAAUACGUGACUGUCUCGAUUGCCUCCGAGCCUACCGAAGCGACUAUGAAAUGGAAUCUCAACAGAGCCAUGGUUAUGAAAAGGAAAAUGACAAUUCGAACAACUGA